CCCCGAGAAGAGUCAACGGAGGACCUUUUCCCGUUCCACACCUCUGAGGAAAGCUCAGACCCCCUCCCCUCCGACGACGACGAACCUCUCCCUCUUUCCCUCUUUCCCUCUUCUUCUUCUUCUUCUUCUUCUUCUUCUUCUCCAACAGCCAACUCCCCUAAACCCUAACCCUAGGGCGUCGACAGCACCUCCCUCCUCGACCGCCCAAAAAGUUCUCCGGCGAUGGCGGCGGCGCCGGCCAGAGUGGACGGCCAGGAGAAGGUGAUCGCGGCGGCGCAGCAUAUCGUGAAGAGCCUCGCCACGUCGAAGAACGCCGCAGACGACAUGAUGCGGAUCCUCUCCGGCUUCGACCACCGCUUCUCCUCCUUCUCCCCCGACCUCUUCCCCCACACCCACUCCUCCUCCGCUGCUGCCGCUCCCAUGGAGGAGGAAGAGGAGGAGGAGGAGGAGGAGCCCACCCCUGCUGCAGUAGUAGUAGAAGAGCGAGGAGGAGGAGGGGAACAGGGAGGAGAAGGGGAGGUCGCCUUUGACAGUGAGGACGCCGACGAGAUCUUGGCGGCGGCGGCGGCGGCGGCGGAGAGGGUCGUGCUACGGUGGGAGUCCUCCGACGCGGAGUCGCUCAUAUGGGAGUCCCCCGACGACGCCGCCGAGUACCUCUCCGCCGUGGACGAGCUCAUCGCCUUCGCCUCCUCCGCCUCCCUCGUACUCCGCGGGCUCGCCGAGUCCGCGCUCCAAACCGCCAUGGCCCGCCUUGAGGACGAGUUCCGCCACCUCCUCAUCCGCAACACCGUCCCCCUCGCCCCCGACGACCUCCACAGCUCCCUCCGCCGCCUCUCCCUCUCCUCCUUCCCCUCCGACGACGCCUCCUUCGCCGCCGCCGCCGCCGACGAGUUGGAGGGGUCGCCGGAGGAGGACCACUCCCACUCCCACAACGGCAGCCACAACAACAUGGACGAUCGCGGCCGCAUCUCCCUCUCGGCCGAUAGGAUCUCCUCCAACCUCGUCAACUCCGACGCCGUGGCCGAUCUGAGCGAGAUCGCCGACCGCAUGAUCCGCGCCGGCUACGCCCCCGAGCUGUGCCAGGUCUACACCGCCGUCCGCCGCGACGCCCUCCUCGAAUCCCUCGCCGUGCUCGGCGUCGACAAGCUCAGCAUCGAGGAGGUCCAGCGGAUCGACUGGACCACCCUCGACGGCAAGAUGAAGCGCUGGAUCCAGACCCUCCGCGUCGCCGUCAGGGGACUCCUCUCCGGCGAGCGCCGCAUCUGCAACCAGGUCCUUGCCUCUGCCUCUGCCUCCGCCUCCGAUCCUGAUAUCGUUGAGAACUGCUUCUCAGAGGCCACAAAGGGCUUGGUUCUCCAGCUCCUCAACUUCGGCGACGCCGUUGCGAUCUGCCCCCGCACGUCGGAGAAGCUCUUCCGCAUCCUCGGCAUGUACGAGGCCCUUGCUGAUGUUGCACCCGACCUUGACACACUCUUCACUGGUGACUCCAAAGCUCUAAUUUCUGAAGAGGCCAAGGAGAUCCUCCAACGGCUCGGUGAAGCCGUAAGGGGCACGAUCAUGGUGUUCGCCAAUGCCAUUAGGGGUGAGUCCUCGCGUAAGCCCAUGCAGGCCGCUGAGACCCACCAUCUAACACGUUAUUCCAUGAACUACAUUGGAUUGCUCGUAGAAUAUGCCGCCACACUCAAUUCCCUUCUCGAGAAUUUCGAAGGGGAUGAAGGGGAGAGUUCAGAAUCCGACCCGAAUAUGACCCCGGUAGGCCGCUGCGUUCUGAAGCUGAUUACAUUCCUGGAAUCAAAAAUUGAAGAAAAAUCCAAACUUUAUGAAGAUGGAGGAAUGCAGUAUAUAUUCUUGAUGAAUAACACAUACUAUAUAGUGCAAAAGGUUAGGGAAUCUGAGCUGAGGACAUUGUUGGGAGAUAAUUGGAUCCGUAAACAUCGUGGACUGAUCCGACAGUAUGAAACAAGCUAUCUGAGAGCUUCAUGGACAAGGGUGUUAUCUUACCUUAGGGAUGAUGGAUUGGGAGGGAGUGGCACAGGUAGAGCGGCUCUCAAAGAAAGGUUCAAGAAUUUUAAUUUGGCUAUUGAGGAGAUACACCGAGCUCAGGCGGCUUGGAAGGUUGCAGAUCCUCAACUCCGUGAGGAGCUGCAGAUUUCAGUGUCGGAGAAGGUGAUUCCGGCUUACCGUGCUUUUGUGGGGAGGUUUAGGGGGCAGUUAGAGGGAGGGCGGAAUUCAAAUCGGUAUAUUAAGUACAAUCCGGAGGAUUUGGAGAGCCUCGUUGCAGAGUUGUUUGAAGGGUCGCAGGGUUUGCAGAGCAAUCCGAGGAGAAGAAGUAAUUAGUUCAUUAUUUGGAUUGGUGGUCGCGGCAGUGUUGGAUAUUGGAGGUAAGUUUGCGAUGAAAUUCGAAGUUUUGAGACCCAAUUGCAAGCAAUUGAAAGGUUGGGACUUGGGGACUGGACUGAAACCACGGUGCAGGUGAACAAGCACGGUUUAAAAUCUGAACAAGGAGAGGAGCUUAUAGUGUCAGAUUUGAAGAGAGAGAUAGUGUGAUGGGUUAUUUCAUUAGAACUUGCACGUUAUUUGUGAAUUCUAAAUUCCUGCUAAUUUUGUUUUUGUUAUGGAUAUAUCGAACUCCGAAAAUUUCUCUGUGAAUACCCCCACUUGUUUGCAUAAAUGUUUUUGAUUGUUCUGAAA